AUGGGAUGUCCCUGGUCACGUCCCGCAUCGGCUUCUGAAUCCAAAGCCGACGUCUAUAGCGUCUCCAAGCAGGAUCGGGCUUCAUUGGUGGACGUUGAUGAUGGGGAGGGAUCACCCGAGACCUCGCCCCAGAACGGCCACUCACAUCUCAAUCGACGCGACACACCGGCCAAAGGAUUACUGAACCCAGAUAGGUAAGAGUUUUCUUAAGAACAUUCCUCAUCACUUGUGUUUUCAGACGUAAUACCUCUAAACAAAACACUCGGACGUCCCCAGCGUAGGUUAUGAAACUAUAACGUCAUUUUGCAAAUACUUUAGAUUACUGACCAGCAACAGUCAACAUGAGUUCUUUCGUAUGUUGGAGGAAAAGAUCGCUCAGGUAUGUUCUUUCGAUCUACCACCAGCAUACGUGUUAAAAGUCUCCUUGUCCUUGACUAAUAUUCUCUUUCAGGGCCCCGGCGAAUUGACGGACUCUGACGCAGAGCAGUGA